CAAGACGCUUUCACUCGGUUUGGUAUUUUUUAAUUGCUCCUCACAGUCAGUCCUCACCAUCAGGAGUCGCAAAACGUACUUCGAGAACUGCUUUUUUUUUGUAAUUUUGUUGUUGUGAUCUUUUCGGUUUAUGACAAGCUCUCAAUUUAAAGUUAAAUUCGAAUUUAUAUGUGUUAUUGUAAUGGAAUUUUGAGAUAUUUCACAAUCCGACAAGAGCAGGCUGAACAGCUGAUACAGGAUACUGGCAGUGGAGGCUCACCAAUAGCGGAACCCUAUGUGUGUAGGAAUUUUCCCGUUUUUUUAAGCUUUCUGGAGCGAAGCGAAUUUGGAAUAAGUGGAUUAAAUUGGGGGCUUUCGUAUUUUCCGUUUUACUUUCCUGUUGGAUUACGUUCUGUGUGGUCACUUAAAUUAACUGAGGAAAUGGCUUCGCGUCGAGAUUUGGAGGCUGGUAGGCCAGGAGAACGUGCCAGAUUGCUGGGAAAUGACUCCGAUGACGACAUGAUCGGCGUGCCACGAGGGAGUGCGCGUACCACAGCGCCUGACGACAAAGUGGCCGGAGUACAGCAGCAAGUCCAAGGCGUUAUGGGUGUGAUGCAGGAUAACAUUAACCGGAUUUUGGAGCGCGGAGAACGACUGGAUGAUCUGGAAGAGCGUUCAGACAAUUUGAAUGUUAAUGCCGACCAUUUCCGCCGGGGCGCGACGCAAGUCCGACGUCGCAUGUGGUGGCAGAAUUGCCGAAUGCGAAUCAUCAUCCUCAUAGUCAUCCUGAUUAUUAUUGGAAUUAUUGUGGCCGUUGUGGUGACGCAGGUCAAACCGAAGAAUGCCUCAGCGGUUACCUGAACAGUUAACUGCGUUCUUCUUUGAUUUAUACGUGUUUUAGCGUUUCCGUUUUAUCGAUGAUCUUGUAAUUAAAGGAUGAUUUUGAUAGUUUGUAUUCUAUGAUUAUCUGCUUUGCAUCUUUUUGUUGAUUUUUAUUUGCAGUUACUCAUAAGUCGUUUGCGCUGUGGUGUCUUUAUUAUACGCGUAUUAGUUCGCCUUUGUUUUAUUUCUUUUAUUACCGUAUUGCUGAGCGCUCUGGUCGCGGAUACUCAUAUCCUUGCUCAUAUUUACGAUAUUAGUUUUAAUAAUAAAAUUUGCA